AUGAGCUCAACUCGCCCCAAUGCUCCAGAUUUAACGAAGAAGGCCUCGUCUUUGGAAGGCAAUACCCUCUUCGUAGUUUUAAUGCCUAUGAAGUUUACUCCAACCAAAAAUGGCUGUAAAGAAGGCGCAUACUACACUCCGAGUCCACUGCGUCAGGAGUGUGCAGCCUUCUUUGAAGAUGUAGGGGAGGGGACAACUGUCAUUGCAUGUCAGUUUGGACCACGAAGGCAUUCACGCAACAAACUCUGA